GAGGCUUCAGUAGCAGAGCAGAGCAGAGGUGGCUGUGUGUGUGUGUGUGUGUGUUUGUGUGUGUGAGUGGGGAGCAGCGGGCAGCCAGAGGCGAUGUGAAUGCAAGCCUGCCGGCCGGCUUCUCGGGUCUUCCAUCAUACCUGUAUGUGAAGCAAUGUAAAAUCCUGAAUGGUGGGGAUCGCUUGGUGUUUAGAUAAUGGGCUGUGUGCAAUGCAAGGACAAAGAGACAACAAAAGCAGCAGUGGAUGAGAGGGCUGGUUCCAUUCCCCAGAACCCAGGCUAUCGUUAUGGGCCCGACCCUUCUCCUCAGCAUUAUCCCAACUUCGGUGUCACGGGGAUUCCGAAUUACAACAGCUUCCACGGAACUAGUGGGCAAACACUGACCGUCUUCGGCGGAGUUCAUUCUUCCUCUCACACAGGAACUCUGCGCACUCGGGGCGGAGGAAGCCUAACCGUUGGAGUAACCCUUUUCGUGGCCCUGUAUGACUACGAUGCCAGAACAGAUGAUGACCUUAGCUUUAGAAAAGGAGAAAAGUUUCAAAUUCUUAAUAACACAGAGGGAGACUGGUGGGAAGCCCGAUCCUUGCAGUCCGGAGGAACCGGAUACAUUCCCAGUAAUUACGUGGCUCCAGUUGACUCCAUCCAGGCAGAGGAGUGGUACUUUGGUAAACUUGGCCGCAAAGAGGCUGAGAGACAACUUCUGUCUGUCUGUAACCCAAGAGGAACCUUCCUAAUUCGUGAAAGUGAAACCACCAAAGGUGCCUAUUCUUUGUCAAUACGGGACUGGGAUGAUACGAAAGGAGACCAUGUCAAACACUAUAAGAUCCGCAAACUGGAUAAUGGUGGGUAUUAUAUAACAACCCGGGCCCAAUUUGAAACGCUGCAGCAGCUGGUUCAACAUUAUGCAGAACGAGCUGCUGGUCUCUGCUGUCGCUUGGUGGUCCCUUGCCACAAGGGUAUGCCAAGGCUUGCUGACCUCUCUGUGAAAACCAAAGACGUGUGGGAAAUUCCCCGUGAAUCUCUGCAGUUAAUCAAGAGGCUUGGAAAUGGGCAGUUUGGGGAAGUCUGGAUGGAGUCAGCUGAUGGUUUGUGCUAUAACUUAACAACGUGUUGUACAAACAUGAUACCGCAAACUGUGGGAUUAGCUAAAGAUUCUUGGGAAAUUUUACGGGAUUCCCUAAUCUUGGAGAAAAAGCUUGGUCAGGGAUGUUUCGCCGACGUGUGGUAUGGUACUUGGAAUGGAACCACUAAAGUGGCCGUGAAGACUCUGAAACCAGGCACCAUGUCUCCAGAGUCCUUCCUUGAAGAAGCUCAGAUCAUGAAGAAAUUGAGACAUGACAAAUUGGUUCAGCUUUACGCUGUGGUCUCUGAAGAGCCUAUCUACAUCGUCACCGAGUACAUGAGUAAAGGAAGCCUGUUAGAUUUCCUGAAGGAUGGGGAAGGAAGAGUCUUGAAGUUGCCCAACCUCGUGGAUAUGGCAGCGCAGGUUGCUGCAGGCAUGGCCUACAUUGAGAGGAUGAACUACAUCCACAGGGACCUGCGAUCGGCCAAUAUUCUGGUUGGAGACAAUCUGGUGUGCAAGAUUGCUGACUUUGGAUUAGCAAGGUUGAUUGAGGACAAUGAGUACACAGCACGUCAAGGUGCAAAAUUUCCCAUUAAAUGGACUGCACCGGAAGCUGCAUUGUACGGAAGGUUCACAAUCAAGUCGGAUGUCUGGUCCUUUGGCAUUCUACUAACAGAGUUGGUGACGAAGGGGAGAGUGCCAUAUCCAGGUAUGAAUAACCGUGAGGUGUUAGAGCAGGUGGAACGUGGUUACAGGAUGGCAUCUCCACAGGAUUGCCCCAGCUCUCUCCAUGAGCUCAUGAUACAGUGUUGGAAGAAAGACCCAGAAGAAAGGCCUACCUUUGAGUAUCUACAGGCCUUCCUGGAGGACUACUUCACUGCAACAGAGCCUCAGUAUCAGCCUGGAGACAACCUGUGACCGGCUGUACCAUUUUAAAAACUGCUCGUCUAUGGGUGCUCCUCUUUUUCCAUCGCCAUUACACGUUGCCCAGUUGGGUGAUUUCCAGAGUCUGAAUUGCCAUUCUGUAGAGACUGGUAUCGUCUAACUUCAUGUCCCUGCUCCCUUGCCAUGGAAAACAAACUCCUUCCCUACACCUUGAGAAGCCGUGUGGCUUUUGUUUUCCGAAUAUAUCAGAAUGUUAGUAUUGUAUAAUAAUCACUGUUGAACUGAUGAAGAAUCAUCUCUAAAAUGCUACUUAUUGCCCAAAAUAUUGUCUUCCCCAAGCCCCCACUGCCUGCCUGUCAGUUCAGCUGAACUCUUCAAUGUUAACAAAACUCGAGGGGAUUCAAGUAGUCAAGUUCUGUCCCUGUACCAUGUUCAAAGUCAGUGGCAACGAGUGAAUGUCUUCUUCCUUUACGGCAAGACCACUGGUUUCUUUCUAAACAGAUUUGUUUUUUGUUUUUGCAUAAGCCUCAAAUUUUCAGUCAAUGCUGCUGCAGCUUGGCCAAGGAGAGGAAGGUUGUUUGCAACUGAAAAUCUUGCACAGUAUAAAACUGAGACUCUCACUGACAUUUCUUCCCACGCACCCACCUACCCGCCCCCCCAGAUACCUGCAUACUGCUAUGGUUGUGAGCCAUUUGGUGACAUGGAAUGCUGCCAAAAGCAAUUGUCGUCUUUUAUUUUGUUUGCAUAUUGUUGCACCACCCUGAUCACAAUUGCGCUGAUUUGUUUUUAUUACUACUCGGUUUAAGUUUAUAGACUUGUAAGAAUUUUUUUAAAAACCUAGUGAUGUAAUAUUGUCAUCUGAAAAGGAUAUAUUUAAGGAAAUUGUGCUAAAAUUCUACUUACUUAUCAUGUACCCCGACGAUAAUAAUGAUCCAGCGAUGCAAGUCGAACUGCAAUUCAUGUGGCAAAGCUCACCUGCGACGUACCUAAGGGUGUUGAUAUUCCUUGCAUCGCUGAGCAUACUUGCCAGAUUACUAGCUCAGUGCUGGGAACUGAUGAGAGAUGGAAGUUCGCUGUAUAAACUACACCUUGUGGGAGCAUUAAUGUGGUAACACUUUUCACAAUUCUGCUGAACGUUCUGGACUGAGAGACUAACCCUGGCCUUGAGAAGUGCACAGGGUUUCCAGUAGGCGUUAGCAUAAAUGCAGUCACUUGUGCUUUAAAGGACAAAAUGACAGAGCUCCAGCCAUUCCAGCGUGUCUUUUACAUCUAUCUUCACUUACUGAUUUUUUUUUAACGCUUUUGUACGUGUAACUUUGACCUCUGCGCAGUAACCACCUGCAUUUCCAGAUUGCUUCCUGUUCAGCCAAUGACAUCCUAAAGGAUUAUUUUAAGAGAAUUACUAUGCACUCGAUAACUUUGAUAGCAGAUGCACAAAUGUAGUAAUGUGUUUUCAGAUAUUACUACAUUCCGUUAAUUGGCCGUGUGGUCCAAACUUUGGAUUCUUGGUAUUUGUACAUUUUAACCUGAUGAUGCCUCUGCAUUAAUUUUUUUCUCCCUCCCAACUCUCAUUUAAAAAGUAUAACAUUUUAAUUGACAUUAAAUAUACAUUUUACGGUUCUGUACCAGUUGACAUGUUUUACAUAGCUGUUCAAUUUUCCUAAUCCAGUUCUUGUCAUUUUAAAACCUGUACAAUAAAGAUCUUAGCCAGGUCA